GGAAUUUCCAACCAACCAACCAAGCAUCGAUGGCGGAAAAUAAUUGAGAUUUUAAAGAAAUCAAACUAAAUUAAUAUCUUUAUAUUUAUUAUUAUGCUGGUGUGAUACACUAUCAGCAGUCACACUGGAUUCAGAUGAUAUGAUAGCAGCCUGCGAGACCCAGGAUUUUAUUCCAUUUGGGAGAGAGUACAUGCGUUAUCAUCCUGGUCAGUUUCAACUCCGACUUCAGGGCAUCAACACAUUUCACGCAGACCAUGGACUUCCACUUCUCAAGUCAUUCCGAGACAUCUCUCUUCAUGACACAGGCAAAAAAGAACAGUGGAUAUUUCAUGAUGCGAGUGAUAACGAGGGUAAAAGGUUUGACGAAGAGUUGUACGUGAGUGGUAAGACUGUGGUGUGGAGUCGCGGUGGGCAGGAUGGAGCUAAAGUUGUCGUCACAACAUACACUGUUGAUACACCGGUGUUGCAGGCACUGUGGGGAUCUUUCAUUCUGCCAUCAAAAGAUCUACAGAAUAAUGUUCCCAUCUCUCUAGAACCUCCAGGUGUCAUGCAGCAUGGAAUCUGUGUAGUUGAGGCAACGAAUUUAAGCUUUUUCCUUGACAAUGGGGGAGAGUAUUCUACAUCAUUGCCAUUUCAGGUUUCUCAUGUCUGGGUCAUGAAAAAUGGGCUUUUGUUUGAGAGGACCGUGUCCCAUGCUGAACUUACAGCUCCAAAGAAAAAUGCUCCCAAUCAGACUGUUGUGUUUAGUCUGCUUCACCCAUUGGAUGAGGUGGCUCCUGUUAUUAUAAAAACUUCAGGUGUGGGUGAUUGUCCCAAGGUCAACUACAUGACAGACAAUACUCAGAAUAUUGUGUUCACCAGCGAACAGCCCUCGUUGGCCUUUACCUACGACACAGUGAUGGGUGUUCACUCGGCUUGGCAAGUUCGCAGGUCAAGGGUGGAUGAGCAGUCUAUGUUGUCGGCGAUGUUUGAGAACACAAGUUUUAUGAGUAUGACGACGCCCAAUCUGAACUACUCGAGCAGCAACCACUCAAGAAUCUUCAACAACAUAUCGAGUCACUCUCCGGGCAUGUCCCCGUUCUGCAGUCUGUCUGGUCGACUGACGUCUCCCGCUAGUUUCUCACGCUCACAGAGUCCGGGAUUCUCACAUAUAGCAGGAGUCAGCCGAUCCCAGUCACCUGCUAUGACGUCAGGCUUGGCUCACAAGUUCCAGAGUCCCUCACAGAACUGGUCCCCAGCAGCCUACCUACGAACACCAAGUGCUGCCAAUAACUUUUCUAUUAUUGGCAGUGAGAGUUUUACUGACCGGGUGAAACCAAUCCAGCCGGAGGUGUGUUUGGAGCACAUAUGGACCGAACCUGCACCUCCUAUCAGGGAUGGUCCACUGGGGAAAUCGUCCAAAGCAUUCCUUUCUAAGGACGUCUGUGAUCAGCAGUAUUUGUGCUACAUGGUUCCUUACAGACAUCAGCUGAGGUGUGUCAAGUUUGAAGAAAGUAACGACUUGAGCAGAAUUAUCUUUGGUUCAGUGACAAACCUUUCGGCCAAAGAUGCUGCUCCAAUUGAGUCCCUAGACAUGCUGGUAGUCCUGGAACCAACUGGUUUCCUUGUCAUAUACAGUGGCAUCACCAAGAUCAGCCAUGUGUACAUUCCUCUGCUACCGCUGGGUUCGGGCUCUCUGAGCAUGAUGCGAGCCACAACUCCAGUAGAAAGUCCAUCACGGGGUGGGAUCUUUACCUCCAGCAGGCCGCCCAGUGCACUGGAUGCCAGAUUUGAUGAAGAGGUGAACCAGAUUUCGCCAGUUCCAACAGAAAUGGAUGAUUCCUCUAAUUUAGAGGGUUCCAUCAGUGACAUGCCUCCACUGGGAAACAGCUUUAUACAGAUUCUGAGAGACAAUGUGGACAACAGGUUUACUCUUGAGUUACUAAAUGGACAGAUGUGUAGAACAGCAAUGCCACCAAUUGCCAGCUCACCAGGCAUCGUUCUCUGUCUGAAUGCUCUGAAGCACAUGCUGCCUCGAAACACAGCGUUGCAGUUCGUGGGGCGGUGGUACACUGCUCGGAACAGUCCUGGAGGUCUGGCCGUCAUGUCGGAGUGGAAUCUCUUCUACAGAACUCUCCUCUCUCUGAUGGGGUAUGACACAAGCAGGUUGUCACUCACCAGCAAGCAUGACUUGGACAGCUCAAUGUCACCAAUGAUGUCUAGUAAACGACCCAGACAUUCUGAUCAAGGCUCUGAAGAUGAUUGGGACUUCCUAGUGAAUUCUAGCCAUCAUGCAUUUGUAGUGGAGAACCGAGAUCACGUCUACGGUUUGUCUCCGUGUACUGUAAUCCCGGAUAGGACAGCCUACUCGAAGCCAUGCUGUAUCAACAGCUCGGCUCCACUCUUUCCACACUGCCCAGCCAUUAUGCUGGCUCUGCAUUUGGUCUAUGAAGAAAUGAAACUGAACAUCACAUUGUUGAAUGAGCUGAAAGAACUGGCCCCUCUCUUAUUCCAAAUAAGCUGUGAUUUGAAAUGCAUUUCCUACAUGGACUACUACACCCGUGAUUUUCCCCGACUCUUUGACCAGAAGGAUGAUAUGAGCCAGAUUAACACAGACCACUUGACGAAGAUGCAAUACCCUCAGUACUUCCCCAGCCAGGUGCCCAGUGUUUAUUUCUUCAUAUACAACAGUCUGAAUGGGCAAGACCAACAAGCCAUGCUCUACAUACCCAUGGUGUGCUCAAACAUCAACAACAUCAUAUCUUUAUAUGCCAUGUUACUGCACCGAGAUUUGCCUACUGAGGUUGCCAUUGAUAGAUGCCUGAAAAAAAUUGCACCUGCAGGUCACCGGGCUCCGACAGCUGAUGCAUCGAUGUCGCUCAGUUUUCUCCAGACAGCACCAGUUAUGAACACUCCAGAGAGACUGGUCCUGUCAAUGACCCAGCUUGGGAUUACAGACACGGACCUUGACUGCAUGCCAGUGGGCAUUGCUCUUCCCUUCAGAGAAGCCAUCUUACAUUGUAGAUGUAACCCACCUUCUGAUUGGCCAGAAGAGGCCUAUAUUCUGAUUGGUCGUCAAGAUCUGUCUCAGUUGAUAGCUACGGAAACUCAAAAACCCAAAAUUCCAUCAAUGAGUUCAUCAACACACCAAGAAAAACAGCCCAAAGAAGAGGAGGAUGGAAUGGAACAUAUGGAUGAAGAGCUGUUGAAGUUGAGGUUUAAUGAUGAUUUACGGGUACAGGAAGUUCGCCGUUUGCUGCAGUCUUCAAAACCGGCCAAAAUUGCUCUUGUGCAGAGACCUGAAGUCAGUGAUCAUGACUUCAUUGAAGAACAAGAACGACAUCUGUAUUCUAUCUGCAUUCGAACUAUGGCUCUGCCCACAGGAAGAGGGAUGUUUUCACUAUGCACAUUUCACCCUGUUCCUACUGAACCAUUACCAACUCCAAAACUCUGCCUUACAGGCAAAGCACCUCCAAGGAACACAGCUGUUGAUCUGAGUCACAUAGACGUUCCAGCUAACAUGGCGUCCUGGCCUCACUUCCACAAUGGAGUUGCUGCUGGCCUCAGAAUAGCCAACUCAUCCCAGUUUGAUUCGACAUGGAUUAUGUAUAACAAGCCCAAGCUUAACGAAGCUGCUGCGGUGAAUGAGUAUUCAGGAUUUCUGAUGGCUCUCGGCCUUAACGGACACCUCACCAAGCUCACCAUUUUCAAUGUGCAUGACUACCUCAGCAAAGGCCAUGAGAUGACCACCAUAGGGAUUUUGUUGGGUCUUUCAGCUGCAAAACGUGGAACCAUGGACAUGGCCUUGACCCGUGUUUUGAGUAUUCACGUCUUGGCCCUGCUGCCCCCGACCUCAACCGAGCUGAACAUCCACCACAACGUCCAGGCAGCAGCUAUACUCGGUGUUGGCUUGGUCUACUAUGGCACGGGACAUCUACACAUGGCAGAAACACUGUUAGCUGAAAUAGGUCGACUGCCAGGUCCAGAAAUGGAGAACUGUACAGACCGGGAAUCGUAUGCUCUUGCUGCUGGUUUGGCGUUAGGACUUAUCAUGUUUGGGAAAGGAAAGCAGGUGAUUGGCCUCUCGGAUCACAGCAUGGCAGACACUCUGUGUCAUUUUAUGGUUGGAGGACACAGGAGACCACUGCCCAACUUGUUCAAAGAGAGAUGCAAAGCACCAAGCUAUCUGAAUAAGGAGGGUAACUGUGUCAAUGUGGAUGUCACUGCACCUGGGGCAACUCUUGCUCUGGGAAUGAUGUUCUUCAGCACAGGCAAUGGGGCUGUUGCAGAAUGGCUGAAGGCUCCAGACACACAGUUCAUGCUGGAACAUGUCAGACCAGACUUUCUCAUGUUGAGGACAUUGAGUCGUGGACUGGUGCUGUGGGAGUCUGUGAUGCCCAGUUUGCCAUGGGUUGACAGUAACAUUCCAGAUAUUGUGAAAAAGUAUGCGUUCAAGAAGGGAGUGCUGGAGGAAGACGAUGAUACAGUUAUUGACUAUGAAACCAUGAGUCAGGCAUACAGUAACAUAGUAGCUGGAGCGUGCAUGACGAUGGGUCUCAAGUUUGCAGGUUCAGCAAACGAAGCAGCAUUCAAUACUCUGAUGGAUUGUUUGAAGAGGUUGUUUCUGAUUCUGUCCACUUCAAGCUUCUCUGAACAGACUGGGAAGAGCACAAUAGAGAAUUGUGUGAAUGUGAUUCUCACCUCAGUUGCCAUGGUGAUGGCUGGAUCAGGUAACCUAGAAGUGCUAAGAAUGUGUCGAAUGCUGCGUAAGAGAAUUGGACCCCAGUAUUCGUACAUGGUGUAUGGAUCUCACAUGGCGAUUGCCAUGGCAACUGGCUUGUUAUUCUUGGGUGGAGGUCGGUACACUCUGAGCACCAAACCAGAAGCCAUUGCUGCUUUGAUCUGUGCAUUUUUCCCAAAGUAUCCCACUCAUAGUAAUGACAACAGGUACCACCUACAAGCAUUCCGACACUUGUAUGUUCUUGCAGCCGAGCCUCGCGUGGUCCUUCCCCGAGAUGUUGACUCUGGCAAACCUUGCUACGUUCCACUGGAAAUCAGAUUUAAGAACAGUAACAUUUACAGCAAUGUUACAUGCAACUACAAGACUAUUGCUCCCUGCAUCCUUCCUGAGUUGGAUCUCAUUGAAGAGAUAAAGGUGCUAGGACCAAGAUAUUGGCCGAUUGUUUUCCAUGCUGAGAAAAAUUGGAAUAUUCUUCAAUCUUUGCUCAACCAGAAUGGAGAACUGAGUGUGAAGCAGAGAGCAGGACACUUGUCUUUUGUGGAGGAUCCUCAGGGUUACAGGAGCAUGUUGGCCAAGUCACUGAUUGCAGAUCACAUCAGUCACUGCUCACACAAGCCUGAAGUUGUGAAGGCUUUUGCUUCAGAUCCUCGUAUAAUUACACUUGCAGAGUGCUUCCUGAAAUCUGGUGACAAAUUGGACUGCCCAACACUGCGAGAACUUGCUACAGUUGUGUAUCAGUGCAUCACUCAGGACAAACCAGGGGCCAUUGGUUCACACUUCGUAUUGCAGCAGCUGAUGAUGCAAUGCGAGUGUGGUAUUCAAACGGCCGGCGUGUGGCAGCUAAAGUUUGUGCUGGCCUACUACAGAUCGCGCCACCGCAUCUGUAGCCUGGGAGACGAACAGCCCAAGCAGCUGCUGGACCUGGAGUUCCUGCUCUACCUGAAGCAUCACGUGGAGAACCUCCUCGACAAGUGGGAAGCAGAGAACACAGAUAUUAUUCUGAAAUACUUGCGGAAUGAGUCUCUGAAGGGACAAGAACUAGGAUGCUUGUCAGCUUUCCUUUCCUGGUUUGACAUCCCUAACUCCACCUUCCUGGACCCGGUGCAUGUUGAAGGUCCAAUGACACUACCAGCACUGUGCAAACAACUCACAGGUCUUAAAGUGACAACUCUUAUGAAGAUCUUGUCAGCGUGGAAAGUUGGGUCGUGACCAAGAAGGAAAGGAAAUAAUCUGUAAAAAAAAGAAAAAAAAGAAGAAUGCUUGAUGCAGAUGGGUGUUGUUUUUCUGUGUACAGCAGAUGAAGUCCAGCUCUUCUGGCUGUUGUAAACUGUGAUAAUUCUGUGAUAUCUAGCUCACAUUCGAGUCUCAAACAUUAAAUGAGACCCUGUGUCAUGGAUUCACAUCAGAAUAGAAAAAGACAUUUCAUACGGACAGGUUGCAUCAUUAACAGUUGAGGGAAUAAUUUUCAUGGAAGUGAAACAAUCACCAUGUAUCUUCGUAAAAGUUAAUCAUGUUUAACACAGUAUGGGUUAUUUUAAAAGCUGACAUAAGAAGGAUAACCAACGUCUUUACAAAUGAUAAAAUACAGUGGUUUAUCUUUCAUAUACAUGUAUUAAAUAGACCAGGAUAUAGCCAUGGUAGAACUUUUUCCAGAGAUGCGAUGUGUCACAGAAUGAACCUUCCACCCCAUCCACCAAACCUACUGGUUUACAUUCUGUUCCAAUCUGUCAUGAUAAAGGUCAUGGCAUGUGACAUCCAUGAGAAAGUUCAUAUUUAUUCAAAACACUUGCCAUUAAUUGGGAGGAGUAGCAGCAGUCAGUAUCAUCUCUUAUACUUCAAACAGAUUUUAUUUUUAUUUUUCAUUUGCCAUCCAGUUUAAUACCAUUAUCGUUAUGAUUAACAAAACGAAUGAAAUUCAAUCAAAACUGUUCCCCAUACUAACUAGAUGAGGAAUCGUUACACAACUGUUAAUGAAGGUCAGACAAAUCUAUGUGCUGGUGACAUGUGUAACUAUUUCUGACUGAAUUAGAAGAUUUUGGUUGAAUCCAUAAAUUCAUAUUGUAUCAGAAAUUAAUAUACAAAUACAUUUUUUAAAAUUG